CCAAAAGACAGCCAAAAGGAGGGCUGUCUGAUAGUCGCUGAACAUAGUUUGUGUAAACAGCGUAUACAGCCAAAGCGGGGGAAACAAUUAUUUGAUGAGAACACUGGAUUCACCGUACAUACCUCGAAAUAGUGGUUAUAUCAACAACAAUGCCGAUAUGAGUAAAACAGAAUGCACGCAGGGUGGCACGCAGGGUGAGACUUCUCCAUUGCUAGGAGGCAAGGAUGGCAGCAUCGAGAAAAUUGUGCACAGCUACGGGGUGUCUGACAAUGUUGAGCACUCCUCUACACCUACAAAACAUAAGACAAAAGCAAGUUAUGAAAAUAUCAAUUCCCAAAUGAACCACUUACAACCUACGGAUAAAGGAGGAAGAAAUUUGAUUGAUAGAGAUGCAUUGAAGUUAAGCAAGGAGGAGAAAGCUGUGCUGGUCAUACAGCGAUUUGUCCACAAAUGGCGGUUUAAGAAGCAUAUGAGAAGCGCUUGUGCCUUCCGAACCCUGGUAGAAGCCCCUCCUCAACCGAUAACCAUGGUUACGUAUGUGAAGGCGGUUGUCACGCUGGUAGGGCUGGCUUUAAUGUGGCUGGGUCUGUGGACACAGUUUGAUGUCGGGUUAUGGCAGAAGGAUCUAUUUCCUAAUACUUUUGUCAAAGAUACCAUAUUCCUAGUCGUUGGUGUUUUGUUGCUCUGUUCAGUAGACUGUUACUAUAUAGACGGUGGUAUGGAAGGAACCCUGUUGUAUCCGGAACCUAGAUGGCUUAUACGGGCGAACUCGUUUCUACUACGGCGUGGCGAGAUGUUCUACAGGUGUGUAAUAAAUAUCGUCGAGGUUAUGCGCUUGCUAGCGAGCCAUUUGGGAUCAGCACUGGUGUGGUUUGCCUUCUACGACUUAGUGGAUAAGGUUUGGCAGGAACCAGGUGAUCGUAAAAACGGAGUCGCACCGUUAGAGUACACAUUUGACACAUACACGUAUACGAUUGAUGAUGUGAACUAUGUGGAUAUACUCCAUUUGUCGGAGGCCUUCAGACCCGCCUACAACGUGCUGUUGUUCUGCCUGGGACUGGGCAUCACUGUUUGGACCGGGUGUUUCCUUACAGUCACUGGCAUUGAACCUGAAGAUGACGAUGAUUCAACGUACGUUGAUCUGACCAAUCCAUCGAGCGACCACUUGCAAUUGGCUGCACUCACUUUGUUGUCUCUUUUUGGCCAGGCGCUCAUAUGGGUAGGGGCAAAUAACUUUUUGGAAAUGGAUUUGGGCUGGGAGUGCAUAUGGCGUGAGUUGUUAUAUAUAAUAAUUGGGUUUGCGGCAUUCAUGCUCUCCGAUUCAUUUAUAUCGAACGGUUGCAUCGAAACCAAAGAUACCCCGGAGCAAUAUACGGAAGACAGCAUAGCCGACGAGAAUGAACGAGAAAGUGCCGGCAAGAGUCUAGUAGGGCGAGAUAAGCCCAAAAACACAUCGAAGAAGAAUCAGCAGACAGAUGAACAGAAAUGGGAAAGUGGUGAUCUCUCUUUAAAAUCUAUUUACCUGCGCUCGAUGCUCUCCUUGGUCGGCGCUGUGACGCACAACACAGCCAUGUGGCAAAUUGCUGACACAUACAUAUACCCGUCGGCAUGGGGUCAAUGCUCGCACAACGGCACCAGCAAUGACCCUGACUGGCCGUGCGCAAAGAGAGACUUGAUGUACAUGUGCAUCGGUAUGGUCAUGCUAAUUGCUACACGCACCGCUACCCAGGCUGUAGGUAUCAGUAUCAACCCUCUUUCCACCGCCCCAGGCAUCGGGCAGAAGCGAACUAGUCGCGUGCGACGUAUGCGCAAGGAGCUGCUCCUGCGCAAGUAUGUGAGUGCGCUGAUCGACAAUACAUUGAAGUCUGGAGAUAAACUGGACUCUUUGAUCACAAAUGGGUCUCGGAGAGAGUGUAAAAACAGGGCCAGGAGAAGCGGCCGGGAAUUGAGACCGGCCGCGGAGAAGCUCGUUUAGACCGUGUUAGAAAAUCGUUCGUUACUGGCUUGGUUUAUUAUUACUGAAGUGCGGGUACACAAUGGCAAAAGUCUGCAAACUUGCACAUUCACAACAACCGGAAUGGACUGGCGUAGUGAGGACUUGA